AUGUUGGAAGGACUCGUCGCCGGCCUGCUCAAUCGCUUCCUGGGCAUGUACGUCAAGAACUUCGAUCCCACGCAGCUCAAGGUUGGCAUCUGGUCGGGCGACGUUAAGCUCCGCAAUCUCGAGCUGCGCCGGGAAGCCCUCGACCAGCUCAAGCUGCCCAUCAACGUCAUCGAGGGCCACCUUGGCGAGCUCACGCUGGUCAUUCCCUGGUCCAACAUCCGCGGCGCUCCCGUCAAGGUCUUCAUUCAAGAUGUCUACCUGCUCGCGAGUCCCAGGGAAGAGGCUGAAUACGACGAGGAGGAGGAAAAGCGCAGGCAGCAGAGGCUAAAGAUGGAGAAGCUGGAGAGCGCCGAGCUGAUCAAGGAACGGAACAAGGCCGGCAUGAGCCCCGAGGAGCAGAAGAAGAACCAGAGCUUCGCCCAGAGCCUGGCCACCAAGAUCACCGACAAUCUGCAAAUCACCGUCAAGAACAUCCACAUCCGCUACGAAGACUCCAUCUCUGCCCCGGGCCACCCCUUCGCUCUGGGCGUCACGCUCGAGGAGUUCAGCGCCGUCAGUGCCGAUGGUCACUGGACGCCCACCUUCGUCCAGGAGUCGUCGACCGUCACACACAAGCUCGCGACCUUGGGCUCGUUGGCUGUGUACUGGAACACGGAUUCGGAGCUUUUCAGUAGUGGCCGCGAAGCUCCCAAUGCCUCCCAAGAAACGAUGUCUCACGACGAAAUGGUUGACAGGUUUAGGAGCAUGCUUGAAAAUAUCCACGAUCCUGACUCGAGCAAUCAGUUCAUUUUGAGGCCCGUCAGCGGGCAGGCAAAGAUUGAGCUGGACAAGUCUGGCGACAUUCAUGCGCCCAAGUUCAAGGCCACGCUCCUCUUCGACGAGAUUGGUGUUGUGCUGGAUGACGACCAGUAUCGCGAUGCCCUGAUGAUGGUCGACCUUUUCCACUACUUCAUUCGCCAUCAAGAGUACAAAGGGCUCAAGCCCAAGGGAGUCACUCCGAAAGAGGAUCCGCGCGCCUGGCUGCAGUUUGCAGGAAACGCCAUCCUGAGUAAGAUUCACGACAGGAAUCGCAGGUGGUCAUGGGACUACUUCAGAGAGCGUCGUGAUGACCGCAGGCGGUACAUCGACCUCUUCAAGAAGAAGAAGCAAGGGCUGCAGCUCGAGCCCGACGAAGCCAGCGACCUCGACAAGCUUGAGUUCAAACUGAGCUACGAGGACCUGAGAUUUUGGCGAUCGUUGGCCCGGAACCAGCUGAAGAAGGAGAAUGCUGCCGCCCUCAGCAGACAGCCUCAACAACCGCAGCAGCAAGGCUGGGUUGCGUGGAUGUGGGGUUCCAAGCCGACAGGAACCAUCCAGGAAAACGAAGAAAACACGCAGAUGACGGAAGAGCAGCGAAAGGAGCUCUACGAGAUGAUUGAUUGGGACGAAAAGACUGCGCUCGCGGAAUCCGUGGACGUUCCCCGCGAGGCCGUCAACAUGUGCAUCGAGGCGGCGCUCGGCGCCGGCAGCUUCACCCUCAAGAAGAGCCCGCACCACAACUCCAUGGACCUCCUGAGCCUGCACUUCGACGUUUUCAAAGCCAAGGCUCUGCAGCGGAAAGAUUCGGUGCUGGCUAGUGUCAGCCUUGGCGGCCUGCGCGUCAAUGAUGGAACAACCCCCGACUCUCUGUAUCCGGAGAUUGUUCGAGUCAAGGAUGCCCAGACACGAAAGCCAAUCUCCCUCGAGGAGCUGGAGACCACCGACGAAGAGCCAUUCUUCGAGUUUGAGAUUGAGCAGAACCCUCUCGAACGCGAAGGAGACAUUGCCGUCGUCGGUAAGCUGAAGCCUCUCGAGGUUGUUUGGAACCCCAACUUCGUCGUUGGAGUUGUCGACUUUUUCCGGCCUCCUGAGAGGCACAUGGAGUCUAUCGCAGCUCUGAUGGAGACUGCCGGUGCCACCGUCGAGGGCAUCCGAGAACAGACGCGGGUAGGCUUGGAGUUUGCGCUCGAAGAGCACAAGACGAUCAACGCCGAGCUGGAUCUGCAGGCACCGCUUAUUAUUGUCCCCGUCAGCAUCACCAGCAAGCAAUCCACUUGUCUCGUUGUGGACGCAGGUCACAUGCAUGUGAACAGCCAGCUGGUAGAUGAAGAGACAUUGAAGGAGAUCCAAUCGAAGCAGCGCCAGUCCUACAGCGAAGAGGACUUCAAGCGCCUAGAGUCUGCCAUGUACGACAGGUUCAUCGUCAAGUUCACCUCGACUCAAGUCCUGAUUGGGCCCUCGAUUGAGGAAACCAAGGCUCAGCUCACCACGAAAUCUGGCGGAUCUCGGCUCCAUGUAGUGGAGGAGAUCAAUGUCGAUUUCGUGGUGGAAAUGUCAAUUCUGCCCAAGGCACCUAAUCUCACCAAGUUCAAGGUCUCUGGCCACUUGCCCAUGUUGCAUGCCACUGUAUCGGAUGCCAAGUACAAGAAUCUGAUGCAGAUUAUCGACGUCGCCAUACCAAGGUUUAAUCACCAGGACGAGCAAACGGCAACGACUCCUGCGGCUGCUCAAGAAAGGCCUUCUUCACGCCAUUCCUCGCGACCGCGACUCCUCAGCAAUGCUUCCAGCCGGUCGGCGCUCAAGACGACGCGCGACCGCCGACAGUCCGCCUUCCCAUUCCUCCAGUCUUCCACCGCCAUCAUCUUGGAGGACAUUGAUGACGACGACGAUGAUUUCGAGGAUGCGGAAGACGGAAAUCAUGGCGACCAGGUCAAGAUGCAGCAGCGCAGUUUCGAGUUCAACUUCAAGGUGGACACUCUGAAGGGCUCGCUCUAUCGAAGCGACCCGAAUCGGUCGGCGCCCGAUGUUCUUCUCGUGGAGCUGGUUGCGGAACGCUUUGAUCUCUCUUUCUACACUCGACUCUAUGACAUGGCAGCCGAGGUGUCCCUUGGGUCAGUCACCGUGGAUGACUUUGUGGACAAUCCCCCUGCCGAGUUCAAGUCGAUUGUGUCGUCCGGAGACCGAGAUGACCUCCAAGCUGGAAGAAGCCUUGUUCACGUCAAGUUCGUCAGGGUGAAUCGCCAGUCACCUGAGUUCAUGCCUGUGUACGAGGGAGUCGAAACCAACAUAACCACCACCAUAUCUACCAUUAACCUAGUGGUCACUCGAAAGACUCUACUCACACUGCUCGACUUUAUCCUCGUCACCUUUACAAACAAUAACGGCGACGGGCAGUCGGGUCAGGCGAGUCCCGCUCAAAUCGACGAUGUUGCUGACGAUGAUGUCGCAGUUGAGGGCGUCGUUAUACAGGAGCCGAAGCAGAACGUAAAUGCCGCUGGCUCAAUCCGCGUCAAGGUUGAAUUGAAGAGUAUUCGGCUCAUUCUAAACAACGACGGCAUCAAACUGGCAACACUUUCUUUCAACCAGGGUGAUGCCGGCAUAUUCCUUAGGGGUCAGACGAUGCGCAUUUCCGCCAAACUCGGCGACCUGUCUCUUAUCGACGAUGUAAACUUGGGCGUUUCAGAGGAAUCACAUCUUCGGAAGCUUGUGACCAUCCAAGGCGACGACCUUGCUGACUUCCGCUAUGAAACCUUCGACCCUGAGAACCCCCAGGCGUACCCUGGAUAUGACAGCUCGAUAUUCCUUCGUGCAGGAUCCGUGAAGGUCAACUUUGUGGAGGAACCGUUCCGCAAAAUCAUCGAUUUCUUAGUCAAAUUUGGAAAGAUGCAGGCACUGUACAACGCUGCACGCCAAGUCGCUCUGAACAGAGCCAACCAAAUCCAACAGAGCCCCAGCAAAAUCAAGUUUGAUGUCGUCGUCAAUACGCCCAUCGUCGUCUUUCCGCGGGCCGUGACCCCUGGCCGGCCCCAGCGCGAUCUCAUCACAGCUUACCUUGGUGAGAUCUAUGCACAGAACAAGUUCGUCCCUCUCGAUGACAGCAACAGUGCAGCCGUCGCGAUGAAGGUCUCUGCAGGAAUCCGGAAUAUUCGUCUCACCUCGGACUUUCAUUAUGCUGGUAACAAAUCCGAAGAGUUGGAGAUGAUCGACCACGUCGACCUUGGAUUCCACAUUACCCAUGCUGAACAUACCGACGGCGCGAAGCGACCGGAGACUGAGAUCGAAGGAACCGUGUCCGACAUCAAGCUUCACUUGACUCAGCACCAACUCAAAUUCUUAAUGGAGAUUUCGAGAUCAGUCCCCGCUGCCUUCGCCGGAGAUGGCGAUGCGAACGCGGAUGCCGAACGGUCAGUUGAUGACCAGACUCUGGAGCGUGCUAAAGCUGCGCCUUCGGACGAUGAAUCCAGUGGCAAUGAGCAACCGUUGACUAGUCUUGGCCCCGAACUUGGCUCGCUUUCUAACGCGUGGACCAAGCUGGAUUUCGUCUUUAACGUGAAUACCGUAGGCCUCGAGCUCAUCAUGGCCCCCGAGGACGGCCCAGUUAAUGAUGUGGCCGCCUGCAGUCUCUCGCGCUUUUCUCUUGACGAUACACGAGUCAAGACGAGGAUGAUGUCUGACGGCUCAGUAGAAGCCGAGGUCCUGGUUCGCUCGUUUACGAUCUACGACAGCCGCCCCAGGGAGACAAACAAGUAUCGCCGAAUCAUGACAUCUUCCAACAAAGAAGCGCAGCAGCUAAUGGCCAGCGUGACAAUGUCUGGCGGCAAAGAACGCAACGUCAUUGCUAUGGCUACUAUUGACAGCCCUCGCGUCAUUUUUGCUCUGGAUUAUCUUUUCGCUAUCCAGAAAUUUGCCGUCGAAGGGUUGACAGUGGAGGAAGCCAGUCCGCUGGAUACCGAGAGCAUUCUGAGUUCUCCCGAGGAAUCGGACACGGAAUCGAUGCAAGUUUCUUACUCGCAGCGGCCAUCCAUCAGCUCUCCACGGCCUAGUAUCUCUGCAGCAGAUGCCUCGCUGGAGACCCAACAACAGCAGCCGGCCGCAACCCCUAUGAACAUCUCUUUCCGAGUCAACCUCGUGGAUGCUCAGGUCAUCUUGAUCGCCAAUCCGCUCAGCUCCAGCUCAGAAGCAAUCGUCCUUGGAAUCCGCCAGGUUCUUCUCUCCCAGCAACAUGCCCUCACGUUUCAGAUUUCGCAGAUUGGCAUGUUCUUAUGCAGGAUGGACAAGUUUGAGACUUCUCGACUGAGGAUCAUUGACGAUUUCUCAAUUCAAAUGAGCAUGAAUACCCCACAGCCAAACUCGACCGACAUCAAUAUCGAGAUUGAGCCACUCAUUCUGAGGCUCUCACUAAGAGACAUCCUGCUUGCGCUUCAGAUCAUUGGAAGAGCUGGAGAGUUAUCUGGAGCUGAGCCGAAGGGGCCAAAAGAAUCGGCUGCCGACCAAAAGGCAAAACAGCUGCGAUCGAAGACCAGGCACAGGGCGUCCAGCGGGCGUGGUGGUGCUUCGACAACCGCGAAGAGCAGCCAUAGGACGAAGACAAUCGACACUUCAGCAAGUUCGAGGGUGGUGGCAACUACUCAGAAACCCUCUGGACCCCCAAGGAACGAAAAUGUGUCUGCUACCAUAGAUGGCGUCCGCAUCGUACUGAUUGGCGACCUCCAUGAACUGCCAAUCCUCGACAUUGGAAUUAAGAGCUUCACAGCGGUUGCCGAAAAUUGGACGUCGAAUUUGAAAGCCGAGGCGGCUGUUGACAUGUAUUCCAACGUGUACAACUUUUCCAAAUCGAGCUGGGAGCCCCUGUUGGAGCCCUGGCAAGUUGGCCUUGGAGUGGCCAAGGACCCGGUUUCCGGCCUUCUCUCUGUCGAUGUGGUGUCGAAGAAGACGUUUGAUAUCACAAUCACAACGGCAACGAUCGCGCUUGCUUCCAAGUCCUUCGACUUCUUGACGACCACUGAGAAUGUACUCGACAAGCCCCGAGGCGUGGAAGCUCCAUACAGAAUCCGAAACUACACUGGUUUCAAUGCCAUUAUCGAAUCCAGGAGCCCUACCAGCUCGGAACCACUCACAGUGCAUCUCGAAGAUGGCCAGGAAGCUCCCUGGAGCUUUGAGCAUUGGGAAAAGAUGCGUGAGAGUAUCCUUGCGGAGACGCAGCCGACCGACGUAGGCAUCAAACUCGAGGCGAGUGGGUUUGAUCCCAUCAAGAAUGUCCGGUUGAACCGCGAGGGCGAGUUCUUGUACAGCCUUCGACCCAAGACUGACAAUGUCUUGCAUAAACUCUGUGUGGAAGUGAGCUUGGGUGCAGACAACGUCAAAUAUGUCACUCUUCGAUCCCCGCUUGUCGUCGAGAACGCGACGCAAAUCCCCGUUGAGCUCGGUAUCUACGAUGCACAGGAGGGCCAUUUGCUCAAGAUUGAGAAGAUUGCCCCCGGGGAGUCUCGGCCUGCGCCGGUUGGAGCUGUGUAUGAGAAGAGGGUACUUGUGAGGCCAGACAGCGGCUUUGGCUACCAGUGGAGUGCAGAGCAGCUUUGGUGGAAGGACUUGCUGAAGCGCCCGACAAGGCAGCUGGUUUGCAAGGGAGAUGGCGAUGACCCCUUUUACUUCCAGGCACAUGCAUCGUUCAACAACGUCAAUCCGAUAACGAGGAUUUAUCCGUACAUGAAGAUCAAGCUGUCUGCGCCAGUUACGCUGGAAAAUCUGCUCCCGUAUGAUUUCAAAUACAGAAUCUACGACAAGAACACAAAGAAGGACUGGUCGAACUUCCUUCGCAAGGGCGGUGUCAGCCCCGUUCAUGUUGUUGAGCUCUCCCAUCUGCUCCUGCUCAACAUUGACAUGCAAGACACCGUCUUCAAGCCCAGCGACUUUGCGAUCAUCAACUCUGGUACAAACGAGGAUUUCCGCAAGGAGUCUCGCAUCGUAGUCAAGGAUGAUCAAGGCCUUUCUCUCCACCUCAGCCUCCACUACCACAAGGUUCCCAACAGCGGUGGUGCCUUCAAAGUUACGGUGUAUAGCCCGUACGUCAUCCUCAACAAGACGGGGUUGGAUCUCACGGUCAGGGCCAAGAGCUUCCUUCAGCAAGCGAAGUCGGCGGCUGGCCAGUUCCCCCUCAUAGAUACCUCGAAUAGCAACCGACCAAAGGCGCUGCCAUUCAUGUUUUCGUUUGGCAAUGACGACAAUCGCAACCGAGCUCUGCUCAAGGUGGCGGAUUCCGAAUGGAGCAAGCCUCAGAGUUUUGAUGCGAUUGGCAGCACGUCCGAGGUGGUUCUCACCUCGAGCUCCAACAGAAACAAAGAGAUUCACCUGGGCAUCACCAUCAAAUCCGGAGAUGGAAAGUACAAGAUGACCAAGGUCGUGACGCUCGCCCCGCGCUUUGUGCUCAAGAACAAGCUCGAUGAAGAGAUUCUCAUUCGGGAAUCCAGCUCGUCGGGCUACAUGACACUGGAGCCUGGCGCGCUACAGCCGCUUCAUUUCAUGCAGAACUCUGCGGUCAAGCAGCUGUGCCUUUGCUUCCCUGGGAUGAACAACCAGUGGACUUCUCCCUUCAACAUUGCGGACAUAGGAACGACUCAUGUCAAGAUUGCCAAGGCGGGCCAGCGUCAACGCCUCAUCCGGGUGGAGAUCCUUCUCGAGGACUCGACCAUUUUCUUGCACUUCAGCUUCGAGACCAAGAACUGGCCGUUCUCCAUGCGGAACGAGAGCGACACCGAGUUCACCUUCUACCAGGCGAACCCCAACGUCGAAGAGGACGAUGUGGAGGACCGAAGCGGCUGGAAGCCUAUCCGAUACCGUCUGCCACCUAGAAGCAUCAUGCCGUACGCAUGGGACUUCCCAGCUGCUAAGUUCCGCGAGGUGGUCAUUGCGACGGCUGGCAAGGAGCGGCACGUCAAGCUGGCGGAGAUUGGCAACCAGUUCCCCAUGAAGUUCACGAGCCCCAACGGCACGCAGAAGAUUAUCGACAUCAAUGUUGCCGCGGAUGGUCCCACGCAGACUCUUAUCCUGAGCAAUUUCCGCCCGAGCCAGAGUCUGUACAGGCAGAAAACCCUGUCCAGAACAAACACUGGACCAGAAGCUUUCGAGGUCAAAAACCAAGACACGGAUGCGAAAUUUGUCGCCCAGCUCAAGUUAUCCGGUAUUGGCAUUUCCUUCAUCAACGCUCAGCUGAAAGAGCUUGCAUACGUCACGUUCCGGGAUGUGCAGCUGCGCUUCCUCGACUCGCCAGUGGUCCAGACGGUAUCGUUGGCCAUCAAAUGGAUACAGAUUGACAACCAGCUGUAUGGAGGACUGUUUCCCAUGGUCCUCUAUCCGAGUGUGGUGCCGCAAAAGGCGCAAGAAAUCGAAGCUCACCCCUCGCUACACGCCAUGGUCAGUCGAGUGAAGGAUGACUCGUACGGUGUGUUGUACAUCAAAUAUGCAAGCAUCCUGCUGCAGCAGAUGACGGUUGACCUCGAUGAAGACUUUGUGUUUGCUGUGCUGGAGUUUUCGAACGUUCCCGGCGCAAGCUGGAGCUCGGUAGAUGAGGAGGGCAAACUUUGCGACGAGGAUCUGGAUAUUCCGGAACCGACUCAUGAAGAGUCUGGGCAAGACAUCUACUUUGAGGUUCUCAACAUCCAGCCGAUGCAGAUAGACCUCAGCUUCAUGCGGACAGAGCGUAUCAACGCGGAGGACAAGACGUCAACCCACAACCCGCUCAUGUUCUUCCUGAACGUGAUGACGAUGGCCAUCGGAAACGUCAAUGAUGCACCGGUGCGGUUCAAUGCCCUGAUACUCGAAAAUGUUCGAGUAUCGACGCAGGUCCUAAUCCAGAACAUCUCCAACCACUACAGCCAAGAGGUCAUGUACCAGAUCCACAAGAUCCUGGGAUCUGCCGAUUUCCUGGGCAAUCCCGUGGGGCUGUUCAACAACAUCUCGUCCGGCGUCAACGACAUAUUUUACGAGCCGUACCAGGGCCUGAUCCUCUCCGAUCGGCCAGAGGAAUUCGGCAUGGGCAUUGCAAAGGGUGCCGCGUCUUUCGCCAAGAAGACUGUCUUCGGAUUCUCCGACAGCUUCUCCAAGUUCACCGGCAGCCUUAGCAAGGGUCUCGCCGCGGCGUCCAUGGACAAGCAAUUCCAAGACCGGCGACGUAUCACCAGGGCGAGGAACCGACCGAAACACGCCCUGUACGGUGUGGCGGCUGGUGCCAACAGUCUGUUCACCAGUGUAGCGUCUGGCGUCGGCGGUCUGGCACUCAAGCCUCUCGAAGGCGCCGAGCAGGGAGGUGCUCUGGGCUUCUUCAAGGGUGUCGGCAAGGGUGUGCUGGGUCUGGCAACCAAGCCGGCAGUAGGCAUCCUGGACAUGGCCAGCAACGUCAGCGAGGGCAUCCGCAACACGACAACAGUCUUUGACGGAGCUGAGCUGGAUCGCGCCCGAUACCCUCGCUUUGUGCCCAAUGAUGGCAUUGUGCGGCCUUACAAUCCCAGAGAAGCCCUUGGGCAGUACUGGCUGAAGCAGGUGGACAAUGGGCGAUACUUUGACGAGCAGUACAUUGGCCAUCUCGAGCUGCCCAAGGAGGACAUGGUCGUCAUGGUCACCUUUGCACGCAUCCUGUUGAUUCGAUCACGGCGACUGACUAGUGAAUGGGACGUGCCCCUGAAGGAUGUGCAAACGAUUGCAAAGGAGCGUACGGGCAUCAGCCUGUCAUUGAGAGAUGGAGCGAAUGGGCCGUUUAUCCCCGUGGGAGAGGGCAGUGAGAGGACCUUCCUUUACAAGAUGCUUGGUGUGGCUGUUGAAGAGUUCAAUCGGAGGUUCAGGGGAGGUGAACGAUGA